AUGCUUCUCCUCUCGUGGCAGCUCCGCGUCUUUCUUGGCGCCACCAGCCUCGUGCUGCUCUACGAUCUCAUCGUCCUGAUCGCGCUCGGGUCCUCGUACAUGUUACCGUACCUUCCGGGCGCCGUGUCGCUCUCGUGCGCUGGCGCCAGCCUCGUCGUUUGUUUCCUCUCUCUUGUGUACGUCUUUCGCGCGUCCAAGCUGGCGACGCUCAUGCCGCUCAUAUGGCUGAGCUUGCUGCACGUCGCGCUCCUCACGGCCAUCGCUGUCACUGCCUUUAUGUGCGCGCAUGACGUCGAGCCACUUCUCCAGCGCGCUACCAGCGACCGUGCCUUCCUGAAGGUCAUGAUGUUCGACGGAGCCUACCCAUCAUUCACAUAUGUCUGGUAUGAACCGGAUGAUUUCAAGUGCCCAUCAACGGCCGACAAGGACAUGGCACUCAAGCAGCGCUUUUACGAAGCGUACUGCGCCAAGCGCGGUCAUGUCUACUGCGACAGCUUCCCGAUGCGCGCCGUCCUUCGGUUCGGGCUCAUCAACGCGACGUCCGGUACUACUGUGCGGCUUACAAGCGCCUCGGUCAACUCAACCUUCUUUGACGUCCCGAUGACCAACUCGACAACGCUGACCAACUUUUGCGACCAAGUGGCGCCAAGUGUCUUGACGGCCGAGCCGACGUUGAGCGCGCUCUGCGACGGCUGCCAACGGAUGCACGAGACGUCUGCGUUUGGCGACUGGAUCGAUGACAACUGCGAAUCGAUCUCGUGGAUCGAUACUUUUUCGACCUUCUGCAUUUCGUACCGCAGCCCGAAGGUCUACCCGGAGCUGAGCCCCGCGUGCCGCUACGCCAUGAUGAAGCCACGACAUAGCUCGACGUUCGCGGAUGUGUGCUACAACGGAUCAUUUAGCGCCAAGGUUCAACGCGAUGCAAAUGCACUAGCGGCCUCAGCGGUCGCGCUGGGCGUGAUGAGCCUCGUCGUCGCGAUUGUGCUUGGUCGACUCCAAGGCUCGCGGGAUACGGUGGACGAAGAAGACGCACUGAUGUUUGAAGCCAUGACGCAACCAUCACCAGCGACGACCAUCGAGUAG